AUGCAAGUGCUUUUACUCAUAUCAUUGAUUGAUCGAGUUUAUAAUCGUGACGAUUUCCAACACCCAUCUCCUAUGUCUAAUCUAGGUUUUGCUUGUACAUUGCAGGUUCUAAAGACGGUAAACUUUGAGCUUCAUGUUCAGGAGCCUUUCUUUACUCAGCUAAAAGAUGGCCUAAAGAGAGUGGAAGGAAGAUGUGCUGCUGGUAAUUACAAUCGAAUUCAGUCUGGAGCGUUGAUACUUUUCAAUAAAUGUUUGUUGUUUGAGGUUCAGGAUGUACGUCAAUACCCUUCAUUUUAUGCGAUGUUGAAAGCGGAGAGUCUUGAUAACGUUCUUCCUGGAGUAAAAACAUUAACAGAUGGUGUUCAAGUAUACAGGAAGUUCUACUCUGAAGAGAAAGAACUGUCCAAUGGUGUCCUUGGGAUUCAUGUCAAAAAAUCUGUUGUCCAGCCAUACAUUAUUUUGUCCAAUGUUUUUAACUGCAGAUUCAUGAAAGUUUAG